AUGGCAGAAACUAAGCGAGCUUCCGAGCUUCUCGGCGCCAUCCAAGCUGCUACCCCAGACCGGCUCCGCGAGGUGUUGACUGCGCUCUGCCUUGAGCAACGUGCCACCUUCACGGCGACCUAUCAGAAACUCCUCGUGGACGAGAGUCAGCAGCUCGAUGUGGGCGACUCAGAGGACGAUGCUUCAGCAUCGGAAGCUGAGCUCCCGCCAAAGCGGAGGUUCCCCAUGCCGGAGGGCCCGGCUCCCCAACUAGGAAAUAAACGUAAACGAUAUGAGGUCUGCAAACAGUGCGACAAAGAGUAUGAUUCUUUGGUCAACACUAAAACCUCAUGUAUCUAUCAUGACGGUGAACUUGAGGUAGACUGGGAGGGAGAUAUUUGGGCAGACCAUGACGAGCGCUGUCACGGAACGAUAAACACUGAAGCCAUGCGCAAAGAGUACCCGGAGGGUUUCCUGUGGAGUUGCUGUGACCGAUUUGGGGACAAGACUGGGUGCAGGAAGGGGCCUCAUCGACCGCAAGAGGCUAAGCGGAGGAGGUAUUGA